AUGAGUCUGCCCGAAGUCGGUGACUGUGGCCUAGUUAAUGAUGCUUGCAGUAGCGAGGAAGAACUAUUCUUACCCAAAUUGAGCAAUGGAAUUCAAGCCAGAAAGAAACACGGAAGCAUCUAUUGCCUUCUCUAUUUAUGCAUUCUUUUUAUUAUUUCUUUGUUGUGCUUGAGCACAUAUCUGGCCUUGUCUCUCAAGGAGUCGUAUCACAGUAAUGUUGUAUUCAAAGAUCACGUUUACUCCCCCGUCGAGGAACUUGUGCACUACAAGAACUUAGUGUUUACCACCGGCUUCGGCUCUGAGAGAACGCCUUACCAGGGACCGCCUACCCCCGAGCGGGAUGCUUUGUGGGAUGACUUGUAUCUGAAUUUUGGAAUCAGCCGAAUUCCUCGCGACUCGGCUGCUAAGUUGAUGAAUAAGACACUUCCAAUACCCGGCGAGCCAGGCCAAUAUGUCAUUGAAUUGAAUGUUUUCCAUCAACUACAUUGCUUGAACAUGAUUCGCAAGAGACUUUAUAUCGAAGACGGCAAAUACGAUCCCAACCAUAAAUUAACUGGGAUCGAACAUCUCGAGCAUUGUUAUGAUGCUUUACGACAGAGUCUUAUGUGCUCUGCUGAUAUUACUCCACUUCCAUGGGUCCGGAGUGACAAGGCACAAGAAGCGAAGGAGGUUGCUCGAGUCAUGCAUACCUGCCGUGACUUCGAUAUUCUAAGGAACUGGGCUAGAGAACACGCCGUGCAUCAUUUUGACAAGAAGACGCAUGUACAGGAUGAUCUUAGUAACCAUUAG